GUGACUUCCGUGUUGUUAACCAGGCACAGCUAAACGAUUACUAGGCCCGGUUUAUUAUCUGUAGAGUCUAAAAAAUAGCAAGAAACCGGAUGGAUUAUCGUUAACGCGGCACCUGAAACCUUUCUAGUCCAGUACUCAGCCUAUACUUCUUCCACCUGUUAAGAUAAUGGGACAACUGUUCAUAAGAUUUUGAGAUCACGCGCAGGUCACACUGGAUGGCCAAGGUGGUAACAGUCGGGGCCAGCUGUUAACAUUGUUUGGGCCUGUAUAUGUAACAUCAGUCUGCAAUGGCCAGUCACUUCCGUAGCUACAUCUGGGACCCGGUCCUCAUUGUGAGUCAGAUUGUGUUGAUGCAGUGCAUCUAUUACAGCUUCUUGGGCCUGUGGUUAGCAGGAGUGGACAGUCUGGUGCAGAGUAGUCGGUCACUGGACCAGAUCUUCAGCUAUGAGGUCCUGGGGUUUGCAACAAUGCAGGGCAGGCUCUCAAUGAUGGCAUUCAUCUUGAACUCUCUCACCUGUGCCCUGGGCCUGUGGUUCUUCAUCCGCCGAGGGAAGCAGUGCCUGGACUUCACAGUUACUGUGCACUUCUUUCAUAUGAUUGGCUGCUGGAUCUAUAAUGCUCAUCUUCCAGUGGCCCUGUCCUGGUGGCUCGUCAAUGUAGCCUGCAUGGCAUUGAUGGCUGUAAUCGGAGAGUACUUGUGCAUGCGGACUGAGCUCAGGGCCAUUCCAGUCAAUACUGGACCCAAAUCUAACCUGUGAAUUGUUGCCGACACCAGACUCAAAGUCUGCGGACGUUUAACCCCUGAUGAACUCGCUCAGAGAAGGUUUUUUUUCACUGCUUGCAAAAGAAAUGGAGCACAAACCUCCAUCAGCGUAGAUGUUGGAUUGCCAUCCAUCUCCUCUUCAAGUGACACAUCAGAUGAACUGAUCUAUUUAUUCAUAGCUGUCUGUUUAAUGUGGGGCAGUAUUAAUUCUGUAGCAUAUUAAGAUACAUGUUUUCUUGCUGAUAAAAGCAGGCGUCAGUUUACACCUUUCUCUGAACCUGUACAUUUUAUUCUUCAUAAUUGCAUUUUUGUGUUCAUGUUAAGAACAUAAGCAAGGACAUACGAUUUCCUACUUUUAAGUUUUGUGGUAAUUCUUCUUUUUUUCGGGCUUGUGCAUGUCUUCAUGUGAAUUGAAACUUCAGAGCAGAUACAAAUGGUCCUAAAAGGCAGCAGGAGAGCAACAACAGCGACAUUUUCCCCUCUCUUUGUGUUGAUAUAGUUACAGGCUGGCUGGGUUGGCAAACAAACAUGAUCAUGUUACAGGAUAUUAAGGUUUUAAAAUGUGAAUGUUCCAGUCACAUCUUACUGCAAUUUAGAGAUGCCAAUGUUCAGAGUCACCUGUUGCAGCUUUUAUUAUGUGUUCUUACAGUUGCAUCUAAAAGUUAAAUGCUGUGUAAUAAGUUCAGUGUUCAAACAGGUAGACUAUAGUUCCCUGACAAAAUAAUCAAUCAUUGUGUCAAUCCAAAUGUAGGAAUCCUUUAUAAUCUCAACACACAGUCACAUAUAUAAAAUCAGGCUUAUUUUUACCUUCCUGGAUUACGUUUCUACUUUCAGCCUCACAGUGCUCGGUUUAGGCCUCUGUUGUCAAGCUUGUACAGCAUUUUGCACAGCUAAUGUUAUUUGUUUCCGUUUCUUUAUGUUAUGAUGUAUUAUGCAGACUCGGUGGCCACUUUGGGGAGAGUUUGUCAGCCACCAGCUGUGUUCUGACAGCAGACUGUGUCUGUGUUUCUGAAAACACUAUUUCUGUUUGUGGGGACGUGAUGUGACAAGUACUAAAAUGUGCAGCACUGAUGGUUUCUGGAACAUUGUCAGCUUUGUCACUCAGCAGUGGCUUUUAAAACCAUGUCAAAAUC